CUUCUCUCAUCGUUUAAAAACAAGAAAUGGACAGUAAGGGGGAUACCUAGUCAUAUUUUGCGUCAUCACUGUAAGCGACCGUCACUCUCAAAGCCGCUGUUUACUUCUAAGAUCACUUUAGCACCGCCCUAAAAACCCGAUUCAAAUUCGACACAAACCUUCAAAUAGGUAUGUAAUGACACAUUAUAUAAACUCUUUAUAUUGUUUUAUUUACAUUUUAGAGGCGCUAAGGUGAUAAGUUGGACAGAUCGAGUGAAAAAAAGGCGUUUUCCCACACAUCUCCUCUCCUCACAACCACGCAUUAGUUUCGCUUCCCCACCCGCCAUUUUUAAAAAGACCCGAAGGAGCUCAUUGCCUUCUUCAAACAUGCAGAAACGGGCAGCGUGGAGGUCUCGGCAUGAAUUCUGUUGGAAAGGGGAGAAAUUGUGCUUUACAUCGGUAUUGACAUUACAGUUGAUCUGGAAGUAUUACUUUUUUGGGGCGCUAAAAUAAGGCCAAUUGUACGGACCAAGGCGAUGUACAAAAAGUGACCUAAGGAUGUCGAUUGUGAAAAGUGGUUUCCUUCAUCGGCAGAGCACUAUUCUACGGCGGUGGAAGAGAAACUGGUUUGACCUGUGGUCUGAUGGGUGGCUGGUAUUCUUUGAUGACCAGCACCGGCGAGAUAUGGAGGAUGGGAUCCACAUGAGAGUCGACAGCAUUAACGUUCGCAGUGCAACUGCAUGUCAAGAUCUGAACCCACCAGAGGGCAGGAGUCAAAAUGCCCUGCUCCAGAUAGUCUGCAGAGACGGACGGGUCAUCAGCAUUUGUGGAGACAGUGCAGAUGAUGUUUUUGCAUGGACCAUGGCUCUCCAGGAUGCCAGAGUCAGCUCUGUUUAUGUCCCGGACACUUAUGGAGGCUAUGCACCAGCUCCUCCUCAUGGCACACAGAUCAUUUAUUCAGCAGAUGGGCAGCCUAAUGCGGUUGUAUACCCCUAUCAGUACCAAGGAGCAUAUCCUAUGAGGGAUCCACAAGGAAUGGACCAGGUUAUUGUUCACGAGCGUCAACGUGAUGAUGGAGGAGACGUGGCUCUCAGUAUGCUCGCUGGAGCUGUGACUGGAUUGGCUAUUGGGUCUCUGUUUGUCUUCUAGUGUCUUCAUUGGAACAGUUUACAACGAUACCUAUCCCUAACUGACACGCACCAUUCCCACAUUUUUGCAGCACUGCAGCUGCAUUUCUGUAGCCAUGUGACAGAGAUGGAGGAGUUACAUGUAUGUGAUGGUUGGGCUAUGUUCACCUAUGAGGCUUGAUUGUGAUGUGCCAGUAAAUUACUCCUUUUGUGCCCUUACCAAAGCUUUUGAUGUAUAUUAACGCCGUAGCGCUUUCUAUUAGGCACAGUAGCUAUUUUGCAGCUUGCCUUUUUUUGUUUGAAGAAACACAAAUUAUGUGAUAUUUUAUGCACAUCUGAAGAAAAGGUUUUGAUAUAUUUAAACUUAUUUUUAUCCUUUUCAGGUCUCGCAAAUGUAAAUUCUUCUAACUGAUGCCUCGUAUAGUAGAGUGGUCAUUAAGAGUGGGACUAGAGUUUUUUUUUAUUGGAACAUGCCUGAGCUUGUAAAAUCCUGAUUCUUCACUUUACACAUCUGUCUUAAAUCCAAUGUCCUUUUGAGUCUUUUCACUCAUUUUUCAUCUCAUUUGCAUUUGAGAUUUCACUUGCCUUUAUUUGGUUAUUGUCAUUCCUUGAACAUGGAAGUAUAUUGGAUAUUUUUGGAAGGGAAUCUAGGAUUUAUACUCUAGGAUUAUUGCUUGGUUUUCCUAUUACUUCAUUGUCAGCUGUUGAACCAUGUAUUUUGUUUUAUCUCAUGUGAGAGGUGAGGAGGAGAUGCAUGUGUAAACUAGAGUAUGCACAAACAUCCAGGCUAAUCUUACAUUUAAAGCUGCUACAACAGAGAACUGAAUGAUACUCCUUGACAUUUCAAUUGUUUUGACUUUACGCCACUCCUAAAAUCAUUUUUAAAUGUGUCUAUUUUUCAUGUUAAUGAUAUUUAUUGAGUCAUUACAUUAUGUGCUCUUUGUUGAACUGGAUAUGUUAAUUAGUUAACAUGUGAGUGGCCUCUAUUUGUCGCUGAACACAUCAGCCACUGGUUUUUCACCUUUUAUAUUCAAUUUCAAAGUCUUAUUUAACUCUUACACCACCUUGUACAGACAUUUGGAAUACUAGAUUGUGUUUCCUUUUUAGACAUGAACGUUGUAUACAAUAAUUGAUAACAGAUUAUAUUUAUUUGAUAUCAAAUGAAGUAGAGCUUUAUGGGGCAAACUGCUUUCAUGUAAUCACAAAACCAUUAUACCUUACAUUUCAAAUGGAAAACAUUUUGUUAUGCAGAAUUAAUGCAGUGUUUAUUGCUCUUUAGCGAUUGUAUGACAUUUUAACAAUUUACUUAUUAAAUUAUUAAAUCCACAUGAA